AUGUCUCUUGACGACAUUCGGCAUUUUUUUUGCGAAUCCUCAGUCUAUAUCCAUACCAUCUUCGUUGAUGCAUCGAAUGAUAAGCAUUGUUUCUUAGCACGACGCGCUGAGGAUAAUCACCAAUUACUUUUGAUCCACUAUACUGCUUUGUGGACUCCAACAUCCAGUAUUACAUUCCCAGCUUAUAGACAAGUGAGCAGUAUGUUGUCCACUCGGCCUUGCCGGUCAAUUCAUGCUCCUUGUAGCCGAUAUCCGGAGUGGGUUACCAGCAGUGAGCGGGGUCAUAGCGUCCUCCGGGAGGAUGAGCUGUCGAUGAAGAGCGAUCUGAUGCUGGAAACCUCUUGUAGCCGCGCCACUGUGCGUGCUCCCAGAGACGCUAUUCGCCAAUUCUCAAUUUAUGACACCCACGCUGGUGCUAGCCUCCGCAUGGCUCCGACGGUUCGCGUGGCUUCUGCCACUAUCACCUCCUCCAGCAUUACAAAACCCUGGUGUCGGUGUAUUGAAUUCUUUCAAAUGGGAAAUAAAGCCCAAUGCUACGCUAUAGCUCUGAUGAAAUUCUUAGACCCUGCCUGCAACGAAACCGUGACUCUCAAGUCGUCACUAUGUCGGCACCAGCGCCUUGCGAAUUUGUACAAUGGACUUUUCGUCAAGUCCAUAUCCGUGCGUGCACGUCCACUGGUUCGAUUUAACGAUUAUAUACAAGGAGACAUAUGGAAUUGA